GCUGUCAAGUCCUAUUAUUAUUUGCCAAGUGCCUGAAGUGCCAAUGACCCCAUUUUUGACGUUUUGUGGUACUGAACAGGCUGAUCCAAACAAAACAAAUCCCGUAUUUUACUCAUAAUUCAGCAAUUAUAACCACCAUGAAACCCACAGGCGACAUAGACUCGCUCCGCACCGAGCACGAAUCCGACGAGCAAUGGACGGUGCGCCGGAACUUCAUGCUCGAACAUAAAAACGAUUUUGGAGAAGACGAGCUGAUCACGUUGGCGCAACUCUUUACCAAUAUCGAGUUCCUUGGUUGUAGAUACCCACCCGAGACAAUGAAGAGGAUAGCCAAGCUGUCGGAGAAGGUGGCCUCCAACUACCGAGACAGCCGGAAGAACAAAUUAAAGCGUACAUUUGUGCAAGCCAGCAGUGCUGCUGAGCAGAAGGCUAAGAGGACUUUCAAAUAAAUUUCAUAUAUACUCUGGCACACUCAGCUUCUCAGAAUGUAUGUCAGAGUGUAAGUAAACUAUAUGUAAUUUAAAUAGCCUUUAUUAUUUAUUAUUAAGGUUUCCAUUAUAAGAAAUACAGUAAUUUGGUUUCACAACUUUAA